CAAUGACUCGUCCAUUUGAGGUUUGACGUACACUGAACCAGCUCUGAUCAUUAGCUCUACCCCACACGUUACAGAUCUCGAUGACCCCGGAUUCCAGAUUCUGUCCCCACGCUCUUCCGACAGUCACUCCCGUCCUGACAUUUCGGCAGAUCAGAGUCGAGACUCGUAUCCGACGUGAGAUCAAGCUAUAAAUCACCGCUGCUGCAUAAAUUCUGGGUAGCUCAUUGUCGCAGUGAUCAACAUCCUCGUCAAUCUUUGACAGGUUCCGACGCCUUUCAUCUUGAUUGUUUCCGAGUCCGGAAACCGUAAUCUUUCGCAAGUCAUGGCGGAGGAAAAGGGUAUUUCCCAACUCAAAGCGACUCUGGCCCAUGAAACAGCUCGUGAGGCCGCCAGCCGUGGUCAGGUUGCAACGGACCAAUAUGGUCGAGCCUUGGUCGAAUUCGACCGUGCGGCGGAAUCUCGCCUUCGACUGAAGAUUGAUCUCUACAUCGUUCCUACUGUCUCGCUUCUUUAUCUGUUCUGCUUCAUUGACAGAGCAAAUAUUGGUAACGCCAAGCUCGCCGGGUUUGAGAAAGACCUCGGCAUGAAGGGGUACGACUACAAUUCCCUCUUAUCCAUCUUCUACAUCAGUUACAUUGUCUUUGAGAUUCCUUGCAAUAUGGCCUGCAAGUGGAUUGGCCCGGGCUGGUUCCUCCCCGCCAUCACGCUGGGCUUCGGCAUCUGCUCGCUUGGCACGGCAUUUGUCCACAACAUCCACGCCGCGUCAGGAGUCAGAUUCUUGCUCGGUGUGUUUGAAGCGGGUAUGAUGCCCGGCAUCGCUUACUAUCUAUCCCGGUGGUAUCGUCGCAGUGAACUUGCCUUCCGCCUCUCUCUUUAUAUUGUCAUGGCGCCGCUGGCCGGCGCGUUCGGUGGCCUGCUGGCUUCGGGCAUUCUGUCACUGGAUCAUUUCGGCGGCCUGCACACAUGGCGCAUGAUCUUCGCUAUCGAGGGCAUCAUUACCAUCGGUCUCGCGUUGAUUUCUUUCUUUACUCUUACCGACCGGCCUGCGACAGCUCGCUGGCUGACGCAGGAGGAGAAGGACCUGGCGAUCGCUCGAGUCAAGUCGGAGCGUGUCGGAACCACGGAGGUGCUGGACAAGAUCGAUAAGGCUAAGACGCUCCGCGGUAUCUUCAGCCCCGUGACGCUGGCCACCUCUUUCAUCUUCCUGCUCAACAAUAUCACCGUCCAAGGCCUGGCCUUCUUCGCACCCACGAUUGUCAGGACCAUCUACCCACACAACACCGUGGUGUCCCAGCAGCUGCACACUGUUCCUCCAUAUGUUGUCGGAGCGUUCUUCACUGUGCUGUUCCCUUUCCUCAGCUGGCGAUUUGACCGGCGCAUGAUCUUCUUCGUGAUUGGGCCCCCUCUGAUGAUGACGGGGUACAUCAUGUUCCUGGCCAGCACUGACGCCAUGGUCCGCUACGGCGCGACGUUUUUGAUCGCUAGUGGAGCGUUCGCCUUUGGUGCUCUGUGCAAUGCGAAUUCAUCGAACAACGUGGUGUCUGAUACUGCACGGUCAUCGGCCAUCGGAACCACGGUGAUGAUGGGUAACAUUGGUGGCUUGAUCUCGACAUGGUCCUUUUUGCCCUUUGACGCUCCUAAUUAUCAUAUUGGCAACGGUCUCAACCUGGCCACCUCGUCCAUGACGAUGAUUCUUGGAGCAUUGCUCUGGGGGUGGAUGCGGUGGGAUAACAAGAGACGCGAGAAGGUUGACGUUGACCAGGCUCUGGCCGGUCUGUCCCUGUUGCAGAUCCAGGAUCUUGACUGGCGCAAUCCUGCUUUCCGCUGGCGUGAGUAAGAGGAUGUCUGUGCUUAACUAUAGUUUGCCUCGUGACCUUUGUCCGCUCAACGGUGCCUCAACUGAAUAAUGACUUCUUGUUGUAUUAUGAGAUGGCAAUGGG